AUGGUUUUUCCAGAUUUAUUCAAAAUUAUGCCUGCAAGUAUCCAUGUAAGUGUCAUUGUCUUUUGCUUGGUGCUGUUCGCGUUCGCACUGAUUGCAACAGGCUUCUUCAUGUACAAUGCCUUUGGCACUCCUUAUGGAACGUUACAUGGUCCAUUAGGACUCUACCUGUGGAGCUUCAUUUCAGUUUCUUGUGGCUUUCUUAUUUUGAUACUCUUUUCUUCAGAAGUGAAAAUCCACCACCUCUCUGAGAAAAUAGCUAAUUAUAAAGAAGGAAGUUUUAUUUUUAAAACUCACAGUGAGCAGUUUGCAAAAUCAUUCUGGAUCAUCCUGGUGUGCUCAUUAGUACACUUUAUGAACAUUCUGCUUAUACGCCUGGCUGGAUUUGAGUUUCCUUUUUCGAAAUCAAAAGAUUCUGAGGCACCAAAUGGAGCAAUGGAUCUCAUGUACUAGACAUACUUUAAAUCUUGAUUUGUGCAAAUAAUUCAUCUUGGCCUUUUCCAAACGAUGCAAAAUACACACGUAUUUAAAAGGUUGGUUUUUACAAGCGUAUUUUGAGGCAGAAACGUAUAAAAAAUACCAGCAAACGGAAUGUAUUAAAGGCUUUAUUCAGUAUGAGUUAUAUUACUUUCAUUAGAUUAUAAUUUUUCAACACAGCAAUACUGGGUUUCAAAAAGAAUGUGAAACAGUUUACCCAAACUGAUUUAUA